UGGUGUUUACAUCGCGUUUGCUCCGCCCCUCAAAUGGGCGAUCGUGUAUCUGUGUGAAAAGAACAGCAAAAUAAAAGGAAGGGACAUUCUGUGUUAAUUUGAGGUGCUUAAUCGAUUGGAUUCUUAUUAAGUUUAUUACAGAGAUAGACUGUAGAAUAUUCUAAACAAAGUCUGGUGUUUUUAGUUUGGUCGUAAUUAUAGGUAGCUGUCUUUAUUUUUUUUGGACAAUCGUAGGAUUAAAAAAAACGCAUUUUGCUUGUCCUUUUUCUUCAGCCUAAUCUCGGCAUCUGAUUUGGGUAAGCAAGCCUGUGUAUCGAGGUAGGGCCACGAUGAACUGCCGCUCGGAGGUGCUGGAGGUGUCGGUGGAAAGUCGGCAGGUGGACGAGGCCAUGCUGGCUCUGCUCCACACGAUCCUCUUGCACCGCAGCACCGGCAAAUUCCACUACAAGAAAGAGGGGACCUACUCCAUCGGUACCGUGGGGAGCCAGGACAUCGACUGCGACUACAUCGACUUCGCCUUCGUGAGGGUCUCCUCCGAGGAGCUUGACAGGGCGAUGAGGAAAUCGGUUGGGGAAUUCAAGGAUGCUUUAUGCAACUCUGGCAGUGACGGCGUGGGGCAGAUAUCUCUGGAGUUCUACCAGAAGAAGAAGUCCCGCUGGCCCUUCUCGGACGAGUGCAUUCCCUGGGAGGUGUGGAGCAUCAAGGUGAACGUUGUCAGCCUGGCCAACGAGCAGGAGCGGCAGAUCUGCCGGGAGAAGGUGGGCGAGAAGCUGGGGGAGAAGGUCAUCAACAUUGUGGAGGUGAUCAACAGGCACGAGUACCUGCCCAAGAUGCCCACGCAGUCAGAGGUGGACAACGUGUUUGACACCAGCCUGAAGGACGUGCAGCCCUACCUGUACAAGAUCACUUACCAGAUCACAGACUCGCUGGGGACCUCCGUGAGCACCACCAUGAGAAGGCUUAUUAAAGACACACUGGCUUUGUGAGGAGCAGUGAGCCAUGAGCAACCAGGCAGCUGCUGCUGAGUUUAAACACAGACUGCCUGUGUGCUUUCUAACUGCUUUUCAGAACAUGCUUUAUUAUUAUAAAAAUGAAAAAAACUAUUCAGCAAAAUAAUACAGUGUACAGGAGCUGGGAUUUCAAUGGCCUUCUUAAUUUGUUGCGGUGAAUUGGAUUGGGUUUAGUUUUGUAAUGUCUCCAUUUACUUUCAGGACAGGCUGACGCAAGCUUCAGAAUCUCUUAGUACCUUUCCUUAUUGACCUUCAUAACUAAUGGAAAUGUUUCUAGGUUUCCAGAUUCCCCCGAGUCAAAUUAGCAUCCACAAAACACCAGAAUUAGGUUCUUGUCGCUUUGCCAAGGCCUGAGUCAUUUCAUCACAUGAAGCUAAAACAGCUAUAAAAAUAUCACUGUGGUCCAUAGCAACCAGUUAUUUUGCAAUGUGUUUGCUGUGGCUUUCUCGUGAUCCUCAGUUUAUGGUAGCUGUCCCCAGGUGGCAGUAUUUAUCAGUUCCUAGUUCUCCUGUUCUAUGUGGAAGUGUGGUCCACCUCUAAGCUUAGCCAGGGUUCCUAGUAGUUGUGCACUGAGAUGGUAUUCAGUAUCUUGAGAGACAACAGCACAUCUGUGAGACUUGUGACUCAAGCAACACACAAGCUUAUUUUAAGGACUGAAAAGUGUGCUUGCGUUGUUAAUAUCCCUGCGUAGAUCCUUUCUGAUCCUGUGUUCUGCAGUGACCAGGAUGACUUGACAGAGUAGCUUACAGAAGCACCACAUUGCAUGAGAGGGUUAGGAGAGCCAGAACCUAAAAUUAGAAAAUAACAUUGUUAUCUUCUAGGAUUUAUGAAUAUUAAUGAUUAUGAUUGAAUGGAGAUGUAACACUGCAAUGCUGUUUAAGAUGUGUAUCAGACAAUAUUUAUAAAGUUACUAAAUAAAUUUAGUAGGACCCAU